GGAGGGACCGGACUCCGGAGCCAUCACCCUCGUGGCUGACAGUCUGCGACGCACACAUGGGGUCGUCUGCGUCCAAGGCUGCCCUCGGGGCGACCACCGAUGAGCCCACAGAACCGGAGGCGAAACACCUGGCGGACCUAAUACGGUACAUAAAUGGAACAAAUAUGAGUGUUGAACAUUUGGCUGAUGUUCUUUCUGAGAAAACCAGGAGCAGCAGCUGGGUGGUAGUGUUCAAAGCCCUGGUUACUGUACAUCACCUUAUGGUGCAUGGAAAUGAGCGUUUUAUCCAACAUCUGGCAUCUAGACACUCUUUGUUCACUCUACACAACUUCCUGGAUAAAAGUGUCAUAGAAGGCUAUACUAUGUCAACCUUCAUCAGACGAUAUAGCAAGUUCUUGAAUGAGAAGUCACUUGCAUAUAGACUGAUCACAUCUGACAUCACCAAAACCAAGAGAGGGAUGGAUGGUAUGAUGAGAACUAUGGAUACAAAACAGCUGCUAAACACUCUUCCAGUUAUUCAAACUCAGUUUGAUGCUCUUCUUAAUUUUAAUGCAAAUCCUGAUGAACUAACGAAUGGUAUAGUACAUGCUGCUUUCAUGCUCCUCUUUAAGGAUUCUCUUCGCCUCUUUGCAGCCUAUAAUGAGGGGAUCCUUAAUUUGCUAGACAAAUAUUUUGAUAUGAGGAAAAACCAAUGCAAGGAAAGUUUGGAUAUUUACAUCAAGUUCCUCGAAAGAACAACCAAACUGGUACAGUUCCUGAAAGUUGCGGAGCAAGUUGGAAUUGACCAGAACGACAUUCCAUAUCUUACACAGGCACCCCACAGUUUACUUGAAGCACUAAAACAGCAUUUAGCUUCUUUGGAAGAGAAAAAUAACAGUUUGCUUCCUUACAGUCUCCAGCAUGCAUUGAUUCCCUCUAUCCCAAAUAAUCCAGUUGUGAAAGCUUCAGCAAGCAGCGCUUGGUUUGCAGCCCACAAACCUGUUGGAGCCAGACAGCAAUGUGGAAAAAUCAUAGCAAACAAUCUGGAUGGCUCACUUGCUAGCCUUGUAGGAACAGAUCUUAACCUUGGAGAAAGCCCAGUCAACAGAUCAGACAUGAAGUGGCCUCAGCCUUCAGAGAUGGAAAUUGCUGAUGGAAUGAAGUGGCAGUUGAAUACCUACACCUGCACAUCAACCCUCUGGAAACAUAUUUCUGUUCCUUCUGUUCCCCACAUGAAGUUUGAAUAUGAUGGCAUGGAUUUGGGGAGUUUAUUCUGUUCAGAUUUGUACAGCUUCUUGAAUCUGCAUUUUUAUAUCUUUUGCCAAACUUGGGAAGUUUUCUGCCCUUAA